CAAACAUCGCCACCUCUUGGCGACCGCAGCGACCUCACACCGCCACGUUGAGUGCAGGAGUCGAAGGAGUUUCACAAUUUCUCAGGAAAAUUUCCUUCUCGUGAGUGUUUAGUGCGUGAAAAAUGGUGCUGGAUCUCGAUGUGUUCCGCAGCGACAAGGGCCACGACCCGGACGCCGUGCGGAAGAACCAAACGAAGCGGUUCAAGGAUGUGGCGCUGGUGGAGACUGUGAUUGAGCAGGACACCGAAUGGCGGAACCGAAGGCACAAGGCGGAUAACUGGAAUCGCAUGAAGAACACUUGCAGCAAGGCGAUUGGCGAGAAGAUGAAGCGCAAGGAGGGUGAGGGAGACGCUGCCGAGGCUGUGCCACUGUCAGUGGUGGAGAAUCUGGAGAAGAUCACCGCGGAGGAAUUGCAGAAGCUCACCGUGUCGCAGAUCAAGAAGGUGCGAGUGCUCAUCGAUGAGGCGAUUGAGCUGAACGAGAAGGCGCUCCAGGAGGCGGAGGCAAAGCGCAACAGUGCUCUGAGGGAAGUUGGCAACUACUUGCAUGAGUCAGUGCCCGUGAGCAAUGAUGAGGAUGAGAACAGGGUGGAGAGAACGUUCGGGGAUUGCUCGAAGACAGGAAAAUACUCUCAUGUCGAUCUCAUUCACAUGAUCGACGGCAUGAACGGCGAGAAGGGUGCCGUUGUAGCGGGCUCCAGGGGAUACUUCCUCACGGGCGCAGCUGUGUUUCUGGAGCAGGCGCUGAUCCAGCACGCCUUGCACAUUCUCUUCCGUAAGGGCUACACGCCGCUCUACACGCCAUUCUUCAUGCGCAAAGAGGUGAUGCAGGAAGUGGCUCAGUUGUCUCAGUUCGACGAGGAGCUGUACAAGGUGGUUGGAAAGGGCAGCGAAAAGGUGGAAGAAGGCUCUCUGGAUGAGAAAUACUUGAUCGCCACCUCUGAGCAGCCAAUAGCGGCCUAUCAUCGUGAUGAGUGGAUUUCCGAGUCCGCGCUUCCCAUCAAAUAUGCCGGGAUCUCGACAUGCUUCCGCCAGGAAGCGGGUUCUCACGGGCGAGACACUCGAGGCAUCUUCCGCGUGCAUCAGUUCGAGAAGAUUGAGCAGUUCGUGCUCACGUCCCCCUUCGACGAUGAAUCGUGGAAGACAAUGGAUGAGAUGAUUGCCAAUGCUGAGGAGUUUUAUCAGUCUCUGGACAUUCCCUACAGGAUUGUCAAUAUCGUCUCUGGAGCACUGAAUCACGCGGCGGCGAAGAAGCUGGAUCUGGAGGCGUGGUUUGGCGGAUCUCAGGCAUUCCGCGAGCUCGUGUCGUGCAGCAACUGCCUGGACUAUCAAGCCAGGCGACUACUUGUCCGCUACGGUCAGACGAAGAAGAUGAACACCAGUGUGGACUUUGUCCACAUGCUCAAUGCCACCAUGUGCGCCACCACGAGAGUCAUUUGCGCCAUCCUGGAGACGCACCAGACAGAGACGGGCGUGAAAGUGCCCGAGGUGCUGCGAAAGUACAUGCCUGAGAAGUACCAGGAGGAAAUUCCGUUCGUGAAGCCAGCGCCCAUUGACAACGAGAAGGUGGCGAAGAAAGAGAAGGGCAAGAAAUAGGACUCUUCUCAACUCCUUUUCUAUUUAUUGGCACAUUCUUAUACCAUUUGAAUAAAAUUGCGCUUUUCCGAGCCGCGCGCUUGCUCUUCACCUUAA